AGGUGCUGUGGUGUGAGGUUAGGAUUAGCUGGUACUGGUGAACUGUGUUAGUGAAUAUGAGUAAUUAGUCAUGUCUCGUUGGUACACGGUGGACCCAGUGAAGGUGUGUGGGGAGCAGCAUGGCAAUGUCACCAUUGCCUACCAUGAGUGCCUGUGCCAGUUCAAUUAUGCUUCCCAGAAGCGCAAGAUGGGAAUACUCAAGUUCCGGCACUGCGCCCUGGCUGAUGAGAUGAGGAAACAGAUGGACUUUGACAUGUACAAAAUAAUUGGAUUUUCUUGCGUGAUCUUUGUUGUUGUGGCCAUUGUUCUUUUCUGCAGUUUCAAGUGGUACCAGCAGACAAAGAAAAAUCCUUGCGUUGGUUGCUGCUCAUGUUUUUCUUGCUUGUCUGGUAAAAAGAAGAAGAAAAAAAUGUCUGCGCAGAAUGGCCUUUGUAAUGGGUCUUCUGCUGCUGGCCAUGAUGCUCACGAUUCAAGUGCAGGUUUUGAUGAGCAUUGGGCCCAGGAAAUGCACGAAUCUCUGCAUUCAGAUCGACAGAAUGGCUUUGCAGGUAAUGAGAAUGAGAACAAAAGGAGGAGCACACUCUGCAUGAAAUUCUGUCUCAGUGAACCUGUUCAGGAUUGUUGUGAAUUUUUUGACUGUGAUUUGAUGUGGCACAAAAAAAAUGUUUAUGCUCAGCCUUACUAUGGUCGGGCAAAAAAAGGUUCUUCCCAGUCUUCUGGAGGGGAACUAAAUGGUGCUUAUGGCAUGACCGGUAGACCUCCUUCCUCAGGCGCUGCUAACAACGACAAUGUACCUACGCUGCAGAGGAGACCAACCCGCCCAGCACCUCCGCCUCCAAAGCUACCAGGGGCACCAGGCUCAGCAAUGAACAAUGUGCCCAUGUUUGAAGAUGGUUCCUUGAUUGUUGAUGAUGAUAUUGUAUGUGAACCAAUCCCUGAAGCGCCUCCCUCACCCGAGCCUGUGAGACGGCCACAGCAACCUGAUCAACCGCGGUCCAUUUAUGUUGACCCACUUGCUUUCUUACAAAGGCCUUUCCUGCGCCUGAGUAUUGCUCUCUCAGGUCGAGAAUCAAACCAGAAAGACGGCAGAGCUGAGGGCAAAGAUGAUGAUGAACCUGAUGCCCUGUACAGUCGUGUCAAAGAUUUCGUAAUGAGUAAAGUGCGCAAAAGCGGCAGCAUUGUGUCACUGAACAAAGGUGUGUCCAGUAAUCCAGAUGGUGCUAGCGAGACCUCUUCUAAGGCAAGGAACAAAUAUGGGAAGACUGCAAGUAUGGCAUCUCUGCACGACAUUACAGAGACAGAGCUUGACAAGAGUUAUGAUGGGAGCAAGCGGUCCAUAUCUCUUGCAUCGCUCACUGCAGUCAAUGGCAGCUCUCAGUCCAGCAAUGGUGCUGUUGUAAACAGAUCUCGCCACGGUUCCCGCUAUAAUGUUGCUGAUGAAGACGUUCCUCCAAACCAACGUGAUGAGUACAUAGACUUGGAGGAAAUGGCAAGGAAGAUGGCAGCUCGGUUACAGCAGCAGCAGCAAGCAGCCCAACAACUUGGCCAGUCGUCCAAUCACCUCAACAACUCCCCUCCUGUCAUUACUUCGCAGCCCUUGUCUGUACAUGCACUGCAGCAGGAGCAUCAAUUCAACGGCUCCUACAACCCCAACACUUCACUGCAGCAACAUCCUGUCAGCAGCCAUGCCACCACAUCCAGCCAUAAUACAUCUGCUGCCUCAGUUCCUCAGCCCAGUCCAGUCAGAGGCAAAACUCCAGAUUUCAUAACCGCUUCUGCCUAUGGGACUAAACCUUCUACUAACAUGGAAGACAACAUGGCAGAUCAUGAGAUAAGACAAAGUGUGUCCAACCAUAACAAUACUCAGGCUGGUAAACCUUCACAGAUUGCUAUGCACAACGGAUUGCAGCCGCAUACAAGCAAUACUUCACCUUCCUCAUCAUCUGGCUCUGUAUUUACUCAGCAAAACUUUUCAAGCUUUCAGUCAGAUCCUCGCAACAGCUCCGUGACGGCUCUUGUUGAUGCUACUGGUACAGUGCCCAUCAGUAUUGUCAACCCUUCGUCUUAUACCCCCAAUGGCAACCAUAACUCGUCUGGCUUACCCAACUCUGCUGUAGUAACGCCUGGUGCGUUAGUUCCCUAUGCUGGCAGUCGAUUGGAGUCCCACAGCUCUGUGUCGUCCGUUGCCUCAACUCCCGCUGGCACUUUGAAAAGACAGAAGCCUUCAGUUCCUCCUCGCCCAUCUUAUGUACCUGAGAAUCCUGGCUACAAAUCUCUUGGUCGACCCACCGUAGCACCGCCAAGUCCAAAGUUCCGUGGUACCGCUGGGGCCUUUGGCAAGAUGGGGGUACCGAGCUUGAGUACUUUACCUCGUAGCCCGCUGGUUACCGGCAAGCCUGGCAUGGUACCUACCAUUCCCACCCUUUCUCUGCAUGAGCAGCAGAUACUGCAACAACAGUUGUUACAGCAGCAACAGCUGCAGCAAUUCUACUUGCAGCAGAAUCCUCAUUUGAACCCAUCAUACCAGCAAAUGUUGUUGCAGCAACAACUGCUACAGGAACACACAAUUAUGACACCAUCUGUGCAGCAGCAAAUUUUGCAGGAACAGCAGCUAUUCCAGCAAAUGUUACAGCAGCAACAGCACUAUCACAUGCAGCAGCAGUACCAACAGCAGUUGUUACAACAGCAGCUGCAGCAAGGAAUGCGUUACCGACAGCCUCUAUCCUCGACAUCAUCUACAGCAUCAUCGGCCUCGUCUAAAUCUCUACGAUCUGUACACAAACCCUCCCACCCUCCGCCACCCCCACCCUCAUCUGGCAGCCAUGGCACUUCAGUUGUUGGCUCUUCUAUGCAAUAACAAAAGUUUUAUCUUUUCCACAUUAUCAUAUUAGUCUUCAUUCAAACUCAGUUGUGCUGAAAUGCAACUUGAACUCAACAUCUAUACUUGUAUAAUUUGGUAUAAUUUUGUUUUGCAUGUCAUAGUUGAGUCUCUUUUAGACUUUCCUUAGCGCUCUUGUGCUAUUACACGAGUGAAAUUGCACACAAUCGAUUAUCAUGAAAUUUCUUUGAAAAUUUUUAUUAAAAAAUUCUGUACUGCUUGAGAUUUAUACGAAAAUAAUAACCAUUCAAUCGCAUUUAAAUGAGCAGCUUUUUUCGAGGCAGCAACUGCUAUUUUAUAUGUAAAAUAGUGGUUUUUAAUGCGAUUUCGUCCCGCACUUUUAACAACUUUGACUUAAAGCUUCAGAAAGUGACGAAGAAUUUUAUCUCUAACUUUGUUAUUAUAUAUUGAUGCAUCUCAACCAUUCAUAGCAGCUCAUGUGCUGGAAGUAAUAUAGUGAUAAUAAUAAUAGUGAUAAUAUAGUGUUCUUUAACUUUUAAUACUUAACUGACAAACGUAUUUGUUAGCCUUUUUUCUCUUCCUUUUUAGAUUUGUAAGAUUGUCUCUGGUGAAGGUAAAGAGUUGGGAAAUUUUCAAUAUUUGCUGGAAGAAUCGCACAAUGUUAAUGUCCACAGUACUUCCGUAUAAUAUUCUUUACUUUGUGUCCAAAAAUAAUCUUUUAUCGCUAACAUGAAUAUUGUAAGAAAAAGUCUACAUUUCAUUGCAUUUCCGGCAUUGUCAUACUUUAUUGAUAUUGUAUAGAUUAAUUGGAUAUUGAUAUGGAUAUGCCCUAGAAUUCAUGAAUGUCGCAGAGAAUCUCUGAUUCAGUUUCAGCAUUUGUUCUAUAAGAAUCUCGGCAAUCAGCCUAUGAUAUUAUUCUAUCACUGAACUUUAGCGGUCUCUGUUACCAAGCCAUCGCCGCCACGGGAUGUUUUAUUCAUUCCUAAUUUUGAUCGUUGAGUGACUCGAGCUUGGUAAUGUCCUAUAAUUUGUUACCACGUGUAAUUAUUUUCAGGGGUUUCCCCAUGAUGAAACUAACAGCGUUGAUAGCUGAUCUGAUUGUGUAAGUAUUAAUAGGACUAACUGCUCCGAUAAGUGCUUCCUGCAGUGUAAUAACCUGCGUCUUAUGACCAAGUAUUUCUUUAUCUGAAAUUAUAUUCCUAAUACGUCAACCAAAUUGCUUUGUGGUAUAUUCAACAACUCGUGAGCCCUAAUGAGUCGAGUUAUUCAUUCAAAUUACCUAUACUCUAAUAAUGCUCUGACCAAGGUGUCUCUCUAAUUUAAGAAUAGAAUUUGCUUUGAGGAUAUUUAAAUUUCCAAGUACAAAUGAUGCUGUGCGAUGUGAAUACAUGUAGGAUGUAGCAUAAUCAUCGGAAAUGUAACGAGCAGAAUUUUACGACCAAAAAUUCCAUCAUGUGUGUGUAAGUACUUGAAUCCACUAAAUUUUUUUGAUCUAUUGAAGGAAUCAUUAUUUGUGCAUGGAAACCCGAAAAUAAACACCAUUAAAGUGGAGUCAUUCCAUUGAAUUGUAGUGAACAUUUUUGUGAAGUAUUCCAAGUUUUAGGUAAAAAUACUAGACGGUUGUAUCCGUAUGCAAUCCCACGUUAUAACGAAUGGAACUUGUAUUGCAAAUUAGUUGUAUCGAAGUAUUUUUACAUUUUUCUACAUUGUGACCGAGAUUUCUAGAUGCUGGGAGUAGGUAGAUCAUUGUCAGUGUAUACAGAAGGCUGUGAUGCUUGGCACCAAUUGUAAAUCGACUGUUCAAUAUAACAUUUGUAUGCCUUUAAAUUAAUUGCUGAUUUCACGUUGCCUGUGUGGAUUAAAAUUCAAAUGUUACAAACUGCUUUUUGAAUUUAUUUCUUCUUAAAAUAUUCCUUUAUUUUUAUACUCGCGCAGUCUUCUCUUGCUCGUUUAUUCCUGCUCACUCACCCAGUCUCGUCUAGCUCAUUCAUUUCUGCUCACUCACUCAGUCUCGUCUAGCUCAUUCAUUUCUGCUCACUCACUCAGUGUCACCUCGAUCAUUCAGCCUUGUGUUUUGUAUGCUUCAUUACUCGCGUAAUUAAUUAAAUUAACAAGGGCAUCA